GGGGUGUUGGAGGUGGGUCAGCGGGACAGCGAGCGGACGGGCAUGGGACGGGACAGGGACAGGUGGUGCCUGGCCCUCAGGGCGUGCGUCCUGCUGGCCGCGCUCUGCGUCUGCGUCCACCUGUACCUGGGACGUCCCGCCGGGCGGGGAGGCCAGGUGCGCCCGGACGGCGGGGGGACCCCCCGGGAGACCGCGGGAGGAGGAGGAGGAGGAGGAAGAGGAGGAGAGGGAGGGGCCCCGGGGCCGAACGGCGAGGACGGGGCGCUGAAGAGGCAGGUGACCUACGUCAGGACCCCGAAAAGGGACACGGGCGCGGACGGAGGGGCGCCACCCGGAGGCGAGCACCCCACGGCCUGCUGCCCGCCGCUGCACCCGCACAGGAAGGUCCCACGCUGGCGCAUUGACUUGCAGCCCUGGGCAGCUCCUAGCCACGCCUUGGAGGAAGAAGCACUCCGAUUUCUGAACUACAUACAGACGCCUCAUGUGUCCUGUGGAGGCCCCCCGGGGGCGGGGCUGCCCUGGCGGGUGUGCCUGGACGAGCGGUUCAGCCUGGCCCAUCGCAUCGGGAGCAAGCACUGCCGGGUUUACUCCCUGGGGCUGGGCAUGGCGGACAAGCGGCUGGAGCUGGGCCUGGCGGGGGCAGGGUGCGAGGUGCACUGCUUCGACCCCAGCAUCAAGCAGCCGCACCUGCAGGACUCCUCGCGCAUGUGGCUCCACCGCAUCUCCGUCGACUGGCGCGACCCCAACCCCGCCAUCCCCGCCCACCAGCAGCGCGGCAGCACCAAGAAGCUGGCCGCCAUCCUCAACGACUUCGGACACCGGAAGAUCGACGUGCUGAAGGCGGACAUGGAGAGCGCCGAGUGGAAGAUCCUGGAGAACCUGAUCCUGGAGGACGUCCUGCAGGAGAUCGGGCAGCUGCUGCUGGAGGUGCACCUGCACUGGCCCGGGUUCGAGGUGAGCGGGGACGACAGCGCGGUGGUGCGCUACUGGUACAGCCUGCUGCGGGAGCUCCAGCGACAUCACUUCCUGCUCUUCUACAGCCACUGUGACAUCACCAAGCCCCGCCUCUUCUUGCACAAGAACCUCUUCAACGCCAGCAGCUCCUAUACUCUCGGCUGGGUCAACACCAGGUGGAAGCCCCAGUAGAGACUGGCAUGGGCGGUGUCCCCAGAGUAUGCUGGGAGAUGUAGUCUAACCAGGCUGCUCAGAGGCGAUCAAUGGGAAACUAUUGCUACUGCAGGCACUACAUUUUUUUAAUUAAUCUUAGUGAACAUAUUUUCUCAAAGACUGCAUGAGCAGUGAAGAAGUCAAAUUAAUUUGACACUGAGUGUGUACCGCACCUCGAGCAUCCUGGGCGACGUAGUCUAAACAGGCUGCUCAGAGGAGAUCAAUAGGAAACGAUUAUGCCGUUUUUCCUUCAGGCACUACAAUAAUUUUUAAUAUUGAUCCUGGCCCACGUUUUCAUCAAGUAUGCAUGAGCAGCGAAGAAAAACAAAAUUUGACACCGAGGACACGCGAUGCCUCAAGCAUGCUGGGCGAUGUAGUCCAAACAGGCUGCUCAGCGGGGAUCAAUAGGAAGCAGUGUUAUUCAGCUUUAGGCACUAUAAUACUUUUUUUUUUUCUUUGUAUUGAUCAGGGUAUACAUUUUUCAGGUAUGCAUGAACAGUGAUGAGAAUAAUUAAAAUGAACCUAACGCCAGCGAGUGUACACAGUACGCACUCCAUCAUCCACAACUAUGCAGAGAUGAGGAAAACACAACACUGAACAUUUUUAAUCACCUGUGAAAUUAUAUACAUAAAUAUAUAUAACGGUCUUCGCCAUCUCAGCAGGGAUUUCAAACCUAAAGAUUUUCUGGGGGUUGGUCAGCCAUUCAAAGCGUCACCCGUGUACCCCCCUCCCCCUCCCCCUCCCCCCACAGGCUUCAAGGGCCUUUGUGGAAAUCAUUUGUAAAUAAUGGAAAGAAACGCUUCAUUUGGGCAGACAGAAAUUAUUCGGGAGGCUACACUCAAACGUUUCUUCAGAAAGGAGGGAGAUCUCGGGGCAAAAUGAAAGAAGCCGACUCAUCCAUCUUCCUCCUCCGAGAGAUUCGAAGGCCGUUCUUCAUAAAAAAUAAAACUGAGAAAAAAGAUUUCGAAUCCCAAGAGAGACGCGACGCCUAUUUUAAUCACCCUGUUCUCACAUCGGCCCCCACCACCAACACCCCCCCACCCCCACAGCCUCCAACACCCUUCCGUUUCCGAGAUUUUUUAACUACCGUGCAGUUAGGAAUCGUCAGAUUUAUUAAAAUUUAAUCAGUGGGAUUGCGCUCUCUCUCCCUUUGGAAAUCAUCGAUCGGAAACAAACGUAUACUGCUUUCGGUUUCAUUAAAAUGGAGGGGGGGGGGCGGGGGUUAAAUUAAGACGUUCAUUUCAGCGCUGAAGCCAGCAUUGCUGGUUAAUUAAUGAGAAGAACCAGCAUCCCACAGAGAUCUGGGGAGACCAUCGAACCACCGGCAGUUUCCUCAAAGUAAGAGACCUGCUGCCUCACCGGCCUACUCCAUCGUUUGAAUGAUCAAAUGUCAAGCAGAUUCAACCCCCCCACCCCACCCCACACCCACCCACCCAGUGCUCUACGCCAUGCAUCUUUUAGUAUCCAGAGAUCUUCUGUUACUUUAGAGGAUUAAGAACAAAAUCAUUUUAGAGACCCGGUGUUUCAUUUAAAAAAAACCUUUGGUGUUGCAUAGAACUUGGGGGGUUUGGAGGUGAGGGUCACUAUGAGUUAAAUCCAUUUAUAAUACUUGGGAUUUGUUCCCAUUUCUGUUGAAAGGUCAACAAACGGAGCACAUUAAUAAAAAAAAAUGAAGCACAUUUUUAUGUGUGUGCCUGUAUGUGGGUGUGCAUGAGUGUGUGCAUGUGAGAGUAAGUGUCUGUGUGCGUGUGAGUAUGUGUAGGUGUGCGUGUGAGAGAGAGUGUGUGUGUAUGAUUGAAGGUGUGUGUGAGUAUGAGAGUGAGUGAGUGUGUGUAUGCGCAUGUGAGAGUGAAUGUGUGUGUGUGUGUGUGAAUGUGUGCAUCCGUGUGUGUGUGUCUGUGUGUGUAUGUGCGUGUGUAUGUGCGUAUGUGUGUGUGCGUAUCUGUGCGUGUGCGCGUUUGUGUGUGUGUGUGUGAGUGUGUGUGUGUGCGUAUCAGAGUGUGUGUGUGUGUGUGUGUGUGUGUGUGUGUGUGUGUGUGAGGGCAGGAGCCCGCAGCCUCCUCCUGAAGCAAUUCGGGAGCAGCUCGGUCCUCCCUCGCAUUCCUGCGCCGACACCAGGGCGGGACGACGCUACGCAGACCCGUCACCCCCCCCCCCCAGGCGCCGAGUCGCCCCCCCCCCCCCGCGCGUUCUCAGACACCCCUAAACUCACUCCGUACCCCUGCUUUCCCCCCCAUUAACCCGGCAGAGAAACGCGCUCUGCGUGCUACAGCGCUCGGGACGCGGCGCAGAGCUGUACUCCGCACGCUGGCGUCAGGGUAAAGGGUUCGAGGGCUUUUCCAUUCAGACACGCUGAACAUCGCUCAUUAUCCACGCUGCUAAAUAUAAAUAUGGCUCCAGCAAGCAGGGCUUCAACCGCCAGAGGAACAUAACAUAAUAUAACAUUAAAUAUAACCACGCAAUAUACCAUGUGUGUGUGUGGAUGACGAGGUAAACACAGUAUAUAUAUUUCACAGCUAUGUUUUUUGCCUAUAUUUUGCAAAAAAAAAUUUGUAAAAAUUUUGCGAUUUCUCUUCAGAUCUUGAUAAUGCAUUUUU